GUAUUUUUAUCUAUGGAAGGUAGUCAUUCAUACUUUUCAUUUAAUUUAGAUUCUCUUUGGUUUGGUGCACAUGAGGAGAACAUUUACUUUCUGAGUGUAAAUUGUAUUUAUUUAUACAGUUUAGUCUCCAAAACUCAACUGAAAAUGGCUCUUCACGUACCGAAAGCUCCGGGGGUACCCCAAAUGAUGAAAGAUGGUGCAAGAAUGUUCUCUGGAUUGGAGGAAGCUGUUUACAGAAAUAUUAAUGCUUGCAAACAAUUUGCACAAAGUGUACGUUCUGCCUAUGGCCCAAAUGGUAUGAACAAAAUGAUUAUUAAUCACAUAGACAAACAGUUUAUCACUAGUGAUGCAGGCACUAUCAUACGAGAAUUGGACGUAGAGCACCCUGCAGCUAAGUUGAUGGUUCUUGGAAGCCAGAUGCAAGAUGCUGAAGUGGGUGAUGGUACAAACUUUGUAAUUGUGCUAUCAGGCGCUCUCUUGGAAGCUGCUGAAGAAUUGCUCCGCUUGGGUGUAACCACGAGUGAAAUUGCUGAAGGAUAUGAGAAAGCCAUGGAUAAGUGUUUGGAAAUUCUUCCUGAACUUAUCUGUCACACAAUUAGUGAUUAUAAAGAUAUACCAGCCGUUGUCAAAGGUAUCAGACCUUCCAUUAUGUCUAAGCAGUAUGGAAAUGAAGAUUUUAUUGCUGAACUAGUAGCCAAGGCAUGUGUGGCCAUAUUGCCUGAAAAAACUACUUUCAAUGUUGACAAUGUGAGAAUAUGCAAGAUUCUGGGUGCUGGUCUUUUGCAAUCUGAAGUACUAUCAGGCAUGGUAUUUAAGCGUGAAGUAGAAGGAGACAUCACAGCUGUAAGCCAAGCUAAAGUGGCAGUUUAUUCCUGUCAAGUUGAUAUUACUCAAACAGAAACUAAAGGCACAGUUCUCAUCAAGACUGCAGAUGAGCUCCUGAAUUUUAGUAGGGGAGAAGAAUCUCUUCUGGAAAAACAGAUUAAAGAAAUAGCUGAUGCUGGUGUUAAAGUUAUAGUUGCUGGAGCCAAAUUUGGAGACAUGGCAUUACAUUUCUUGAAUAAAUAUGAGAUUAUGGCAGUCCGUUUGAAUUCAAAGUUUGAUCUUCGCCGUCUCGCCAGAACAGUUAAUGCAACAGUGCUGCCCAGACUAACUACUCCAACAUCUCAAGAGCUUGGUUACUGUGACACUGUAAAAGUGGAGGAGCUAGGAGAUACCAGAGUUGUAGUAUUCCGAAUGGAGAGUGUUGAAUCCCGUAUCUCCACUGUAGUUAUUAGAGGAUCGACAGACAACUAUAUGGAUGAUAUUGAAAGAGCUAUUGAUGAUGGUGUUAAUACCUUCAAGAGUAUUUCCAGAGAUGGACGAUUUGUGCCUGGUGCUGGAGCAACAGAGAUUGAAUUGGCACAGCGACUUCUUGAGUAUGCUGAUAAAUUACCAGGACUUGAACAGUAUGCUGUAAGGAAAUUUGCAGUUGCUUUGGAAAGCAUUCCUCGGGCACUGGCAGACAACUCAGGUGCCAAUGCCACAGAAGUUAUCAAAAACAUCUAUAAAGCACACAAGGAUGGUAAUAAGAAUACUGGAUAUGACAUUGAUUCAGAAAACAAUGGUGUCAUUGAUGCAAAUGAAAAAGGAAUUCUCGAUUUAUACCUCCUAAAGAGUUGGGGUCUUAAGUAUGCUGUUGGUGCAGCUACAACAAUUUUGAAGGUUGAUCAAAUUAUAAUGGCAAAGAGAGCAGGUGGACCUAAACCUAAACAGCAAGCUGGCAGUGAUGAUGAAUCUUAAAUACAUAUAGUUUAUUUAACUUUCAAGGUCAUACGCUAAAACACGCGUAAAAGUAGGUUAGACAGAUGCGCGGGCGCAUGCGGUGAGAAUUCGCUAGCUUAUAUUUUCAAAAUAAUUUCCUAGGUAGUACCAUUUUUUGACAUGACAAAAAAUUACCUAAGUCUAUUAACCCUACUAUUACUUUGUUGGACUACGCGAGUUUUAACGUACACCCUAACCUCAAUAAAAGCUAGGUACUUUAACCCAGUAUUUUAAUGUUAAUGUAACAUUUUUUACAUAAUAAAGCUUUUUAUUUUAUCUUUUAAAUUGGCCAAUGUGCCUUAAUUUUAAAUUUUCUUAAAAACUUAUUUGGCCGAAAUACAAAUAUUUAAUAACAGUAUCUAUUUUUAUUUUAUUUGAAGCUGAAUAAAAUUGAUUGAGUAACACUU